GGGGGCGGCACCGGAAAGUGUUUCCGGGGGCGGGAGGCGCAGGCUGAGUCUGUCCCGGUGGCGACUGCUGGAACGGGCCUGGCGCCGGCGGUGGAGAGGAUCCCUUGGGCGGGGGAUGUGAGCGCUGAGCCCUUGGCAGCACUGAACAAGAUUUGUGAUGAAAUGGAGCCUGGAACAAACUCUUUUCGAGUAGAAUUUCCUGAUUUUUCCAGUACCAUUCUGCAGAAACUGAACCAGCAGCGCCAGCAAGGACAAUUAUGUGACGUCUCCAUUGUUGUCCAAGGCCACAUUUUCCGGGCACACAAAGCUGUUCUUGCUGCCAGUUCACCCUACUUUUGUGACCAGGUACUCCUGAAAAACAGCAGAAGAAUUGUUUUGCCUGAUGUGAUGAACCCAAGAGUGUUUGAAAACAUUCUCCUAUCUAGUUAUACAGGACGCCUAGUAAUGCCUGCUCCAGAAAUUGUUAGUUACUUGACAGCAGCAAGUUUCCUCCAGAUGUGGCAUGUGGUAGACAAAUGCACUGAGGUUUUAGAGGGAAACCCUACUGUUCUUUGUCAGAAGCUAAACCAUGGCAGUGACCACCAAUCUCCAAGCAGCAGUAGUUAUAAUGGCCUGGUAGAGAGCUUUGAGCUGGGCUCAGGGAGUCAUACUGAUUUCCCCAAAGCCCAGGAACUGAGGGAUGGUGAGAAUGAAGAGGAGAGCACCAAAGAUGAGCUGUCAUCUCAGCUCACUGAGCACGAAUACCUGCCCAGCAACUCAUCCACAGAGCAUGACCGACUGAGUACUGAAAUGGCGAGCCAGGAUGGGGAGGAGGGGGCUAGCGACAGCGCCGAGUUCCAUUACACCCGGCCCAUGUACAGCAAACCCAGCAUAAUGGCUCACAAACGCUGGAUCCAUGUGAAGCCUGAGCGCUUAGAGCAGGCCUGUGAAGGCAUGGAUGUGCAUGCAGCCUACGAUGAGCAUCAGGUCACUGAGUCUAUCAAUACUAUGCAGACAGAGCACUCAGUCCAGCCUUCAGGAGUGGAGGAGGACUUUCACAUAGGGGAAAAAAAAGUGGAAGCAGAGUUUGAUGAACAGGCUGAUGAAAGCAAUUAUGAUGAGCAAGUGGAUUUCUAUGGCUCUUCCAUGGAAGAGUUUUCUGGAGAGAGGUCAGAUGGAAAUCUCAUUGGGCAUAGACAGGAGGCUGCCCUAGCAGCAGGCUACAAUGAGAAUAUUGAAAUGGUAACAGGGAUUAAAGAAGAAGCUUCCCACUUAGGAUUCUCAGCCACUGACAAACUGUAUCCUUGUCAGUGUGGGAAAAGUUUCACUCAUAAGAGUCAGCGAGAUCGACACAUGAGCAUGCACCUCGGUCUCCGGCCUUAUGGCUGUGGUGUUUGUGGUAAGAAAUUCAAAAUGAAACACCAUCUCGUGGGCCACAUGAAAAUUCACACAGGCAUAAAGCCGUAUGAGUGUAAUAUCUGUGCAAAGAGGUUUAUGUGGAGGGACAGUUUCCACCGGCAUGUGACUUCUUGUACCAAGUCCUAUGAAGCUGCAAAGGCUGAGCAGAAUACAACUGAGGCUAACUAAAAAUAGGAUCUGGCCCUUGAGUGGCAUGCACAAAAAUAAACUAUGGUAAUUAAUGCAAAUCUGGGCACAGAUGAUGCGUGCUACUUGCUAUUAUGAGAGAAGCUUAAAAAAAAGGAAGAUAUUUCUGAAAGACCAGCUCUAAGUAGGCCAAUUAAAAAAUCUAAUUCCUCAAAUUUGUGUGUUCCAGUUCUGGCCUGGAAUGGGUAAUGGUGGUAAGUUAACCUCCUGCCCAGUUCAGUAAAAGUUCAGGCCAGUUGUAAUUAAGACAGGUGGACUUAGACACCUGCACUUGGAACUGGCCUCCAACGCACUAGUUCCAUUUCAGGUGGCAACAGUUUUUGCACUCAUUAUUAUGAGGUCAUGCUGAAAUUUUUUUUUGCUCUACUAUAUAGAUACUUAGGUAAUGUGGAUUUGUUUUGGUAGCUGCUUCACUGAAUGAAAUGCUACUUAUAUAAAAGCUACAAAUAUUGUGAUUCCUAGGAUGAGAAAUUGAUUAACAGACCUCUGAUGUCUGGUUUUUUUCUAAAGGGUAUUUUAACUAAAACUUUGGAGUUGCUAAGAGGGUGACAUUCUAAGCAUGAAACAAUAAACGAUACAAACUUCAGUUUCUGUAAGAUGCCACUACUGUCACAAGGUGUUUCAGACUCUUGGUAUGGCAACAUUUUAUAUUUUAGUACUAAGGUUGAGUUUAAUUCUCUAGGAUGCCUGAGAUAGGUGUUUCUAAUUGGUUUUCUUUCCCAAAUCCUGUUUGCUUAAUUGUAGCAUCCACGCAGUGGAAUUUACUCAGCAGUUAGUAGAUACCUACGCUGUGACUCUGACCAGGUACCGUUGGUUGCUGCAGCUGUUGCUCUGUCUUAGAUUAUGCUGCUUCACAAAGAGGGCAGUCAAUGACCACAGUUAGUGGGAAGGAGCCAAAAGUCAUGACUAAGUUACCUGUGAACUUUGGGAGUUAAUAGAGUGCUGCAGUGACACUUGUCAGAGUGAGAGUUGCAGAGAGAAGCAGAAUUUUGUGAGUGGCAGGUUAUACUUGAAGGGAGCAAACUGCCCCCCAAAAAAAGAGUCUUGAAAAUACACUGCUGGGGUUAUGCUCUUUAGAAGGUAUGCUGAGCUAAUACUGCCAGUUCUUCAUGAGGACUUGAAUGUGUUUUAUAAGGGGAAAGGAGUCCUAAUUUUAGCAAAGUAGUCACAGAUUUAUGCUCCCAAAUUAUAGAUAAAGCUUCUUAAAUUUACAAGUCCACAAAGCUUUGCCUACCAAAAACCAAGAAAAGCAGCUAUUCUGAGACCUUUUCUAUGAAUCAGUCAGAUGUUUAGACUAAAAAGAAAGCAUAUAUUCAGAAUGCUUUUACGCUAUAUAAUGUACCUGAGGUUAUAACCAGGGUAGGACAGGGUGCUUACUGAUAUGUCAUCUUUUCUGUCAACGUACUGGUCUAUUAUAUUUUUUCCUUAAAAUAUAAAUGUUUUUUUCUUUGAUUUGGGGUGAAAUUUUGUUUUAAAAGUU